UUGUAAUUUAACCUCAAAUGUAUUUGUUUUGACACGAGACUUUGUUUUUAAAUAAAUAAAUUUGAAAAUGUCUCGAUUAAUAGUCAAAAAUCUUCCUAAGAAAAUAACUGAGGACAAGAUACGAGAAGUCUUUGGUGAAAUUGGUACCAUUACGGAUGUUCAAUUAAAAUAUACGCCGGAAGGUAAAUUCAGAAAUUUUGGUUUCAUCGGAUUUCAAACUGAAGCUGAGGCUGAACAAGCGAUUAACUCCUUGAAUAAUACGUUUAUAAAUACGAAUAGGAUUACAGUGGAAAAAUGUGCUCUAUUAGGUGAUGCAAACAAACCUAAGUCAUGGAGUAAAUAUGCUCCAGACAGCACAGCUUAUAAAAAGACUCAUGAAGUCGAAACUGUACAAGAAAAACCUAAACCAAAAAAGGAAAAGAAGAAAAAGAAAGAUGAAGUUGUUGAGCUCUUGGCCAAAUAUAAAGAUGACCCUAUGUUUGAAGAGUUCUUACAAGUGCAUGCUCCAGAUGAAACUGAAAAAUUACACAGUCUUCAAGUGUUAGGGAAAAAUGCUGAAGAUAAUGACAGUGCUAUUGACUCUGGUAAAGAAUCACCACAUGAAGAAAGUGAUCAGGAGGAAGAUGAUUCAAAUAAGUUGGCAAAUCAAGAGAUAUCUGACAUGGAAUAUAUGAAGAAAUUAAUGAACAAGGACACAAGUGAGGAGAAAAAACCUAGUCUGAAGACUGAAAAAAUGGCAAAACAGAAAAUUGAAUUGUUUAAUGUGAAACUUAAAGAUCUCCCAUAUAAUUGUAAGAAGAAGGACAUAAGAGCAUUCUUUAAACCUAACACACCCUACAGUAUAAGAAUUCCUCCUAAAAUUCAUGGCAUAGCAUAUGUGGGAUUUAAAACUGAGAAAGCUAUGAAAAAAGCACUGGCAAAAGAUAAAAGUUUCAUUAAAGGCAAGCAGAUUAUAGUGAAAAAGUACUUGGAAGAACAUUCUGGACCUUCAGAGAACAAUAUUCACAAUGAUAUGAAAAAGAACAAAUGGAAGAGUCAAGAAGAAAACGUCAAAAAUGAAGAGGAUAUUGCUGAAUCUGGCAGAAUAUUUAUCAGAAAUUUAGCUUACACAACAACAGAGGAGGACAUUGAACAAUUAUUUUCCAAAUAUGGUCCACUAACUGAAGUUAAUUUACCAAUAGACUCAACAACUAGAAAAAUGAAGGGUUUUGGUGUAAUAACAUAUUUAAUGCCUGAACAUGCAGUUAAAGCUUACAGUGAAUUGGAUGGUUCAGUUCUGCAUGGUAGAAUGUUGCAUCUAUUGCCCGGUAAGAGCAAAGAUAAUGACAAAGAAGGAGACCUUGAAGAAAACACAAAUUACAAGUUGAAAAAAGCAGCAAAACAAAAAUCACAAGCUGGAUCAUCACACAAUUGGAAUUCUUUAUUCUUGGGACAUGAUGCUGUUGCUGAAGUUAUUGCAGACACAUAUGGGACAUCAAAAGAAGCAGUUGUGGGUCCAGAUGGAAAAGGAAGUGCUGCUGUCAGAUUGGCUCUUGGUGAAACUCAAAUUGUAGCUCAAACUAGAAAAUAUUUAGAGGAAAAUGGCGUUAUCCUGGAUGCAUUUAAAUCUAGUGGCUCCAAAAGGUCUAAGACCAUUAUAUUAGUCAAAAAUCUGCCAUCAAAAACUGAAAUUAAAGAAAUAAAGACUUUGUUUGAGAAGCAUGGUGAAAUUGGUAGAAUCAUCUUACCACCUAGUGGUAUAACUGCUAUUGUGGAAUUUAUUGAACCUUCAGAAGCAAGAAAAGCUUUCACAAAGUUAGCUUAUUCCAAGUUUAAAAAUGUGCCUUUAUAUUUGGAAUGGGCACCAGAAAACACUCUUACAGAGAGGAAGUUAUCACAACACAAAGAAAAUGAAACAAACACGAAGGAGAAAGAAGUUGAUGUGAAAGAAGAAAAAGUGGAACAAAAUGUACAAGAAGAUGAAGAAGAAGAGGAGGAGCCAGAGCCUGACACAACUCUGUUUGUAAAGAACAUUAGUUUUAAGACCACUGAUCAAGAAUUAAGAAAGCAUUUUGAAAGUUGUGGUAAAAUACAUUAUGCAAAUGUGGCGACUAAAAAAGACAAAAACAAUCCGGAAAAUAAAUUGUCCAUGGGUUAUGGUUUUGUCAGGUUUAUGUAUAAGGCGGGAGCUGAUAAAGCACUAAAAAUUUUACAGGGAUCAAUGUUGGAAGGCAAAACUCUUGAACUUAAACGAUCUGAAAGAACUUUACAGAAUGAUGUUACAUCAGCCAAAAAGUCUUCUAAAGCCACCAAACAAACAGGAACGAAAAUAUUAGUUCGAAAUGUGCCUUUCCAAGCAAAUGCAAAAGAAAUUGAAGAAUUAUUCAAAACCUUUGGCGAAAUUAAAGCACUUAGACUUCCAAAGAAGAUGUCUUCAGGAGACUCUCAUAGAGGUUUCGCGUUCGUCGAUUUUACAACGAACUCCGAUGCAAAAGCUGCAUUUGAAGCUUUGUCGCAAAGUACUCACUUGUAUGGUAGAAGAUUGGUGUUGGAAUGGGCUAGUACUGAGGAAGGUGUGGAAACGAUAAGAAAACGGACAGCCGAUCAUUUUAAACCAACUGAUGAACCCAAGUCUAAAAAAAGCGUUUUCAGUUUAGAGUAAAUGAGUUUUAAAUAUUAAGACAAAACAUUGUUAUUAUACAUGAUUUAUGUAUGUGGAAAUAUACCGUUAUUAUGACGUUACA